CACACACACAGAUAACGGCAUGUCGAAAAGUGUGCGACAGUUAAUUCAGUUCACCAAUUGCCGUCUGGUGCGCGACCAUCGGCUAAUCGAGGACGAUCUGUGGGUGCGGGACGGCAAGAUCAUCAAUCCGGAGCCCGUUUUCUAUGAUGAGCGCAGCAAGUCGCAUCGGCGCAUCGAUUGCGGCGGCGCCAUCAUAGCGCCCGGCUACAUAGAUCUGCAAAUUAACGGUGGCUACGGCGUGGACUUCUCGUACGACAAGGACAGCAUUGAGGCCGGCGUGGAAAAGGUCGCCAGGGGUCUGGUGUGCAACGGCGUUACCUCGUUUUGCCCGACGCUGGUGACGUCACCGACGGACAGCUAUCACACAAUAUUGCCGCGCAUGCCGCAGCAGAUCGAAGGCGGCGCCGGCAUAUUGGGCGUGCACGCCGAGGGUCCGUUCAUCAAUCCGCAAAAGAAAGGCGCCCAUCCGGAGAGCUGCAUCCAGACCAUCGACAAUGGCCUGGAAACGGUGCGGGCCACCUACGGCCAGCUGGAACGCAUCAAGAUCAUAACGCUGGCGCCGGAACAGGUGCACGAUGCCGGCGUCAUCGAUCAGCUGGUCGCCAUGGGCAUCACCGUCGCCCUCGGCCACUCCAUGGCCAGCCUGAGCGACGGCGAACGUGCAGUUCGGCAUGGCGCCACUUUGAUUACGCAUCUGUUCAAUGCGAUGCUGCCGUUCCAUCAUCGCGAUCCGGGUCUGGUCGGGCUGCUCGCCUCGGACGCCAUACCUCCUGGUCGCACCAUCUAUUUUGGCAUCAUUGCGGACGGCGUGCACACACAUCCGGCCGCGCUGCGGAUUGCGUAUCGCACCCAUGCGGAGGGUCUUAUACUGGUCACCGAUGCCAUAUCGGCGCUGGGCCUCGAGGAUGGCGUCCAUCAUAUUGGCCAGCUGCCGCUGGAGGUGAAGCAGGGCAGGGCAUUUAUAGCCGGCACCGAUACGCUCUGCGGCAGCAUUGCGCCCAUGGACGAGUGUGUGCGCAUCUUUCAGCGCGCCACAGACUGCUCCAGGGUAUAUGCCAUCGAGGCGGCCACACUGCAUCCCGCCCGCUGUUUGGGCAUCGAACGACAAAAGGGCACCUUGGACUUUGAUACGGAUGCCGAUUUCAUACUGCUCAACGAUGACCUCCAGGUGAUCUCCACCUGGAUUGCGGGCGUUUGUCUGCAUCAAGCAAUUACCAGCAACUAACCCCCCCCUCCCCCUCCCCCCCCCCCGCCCUCCUGCCACUUGACACAAAUUGGCUGAUGUUUUUAUUUGUUUUUUAUUGGAUUAGAUGACGCUUUAAAUUGUUCUUUAUAUUUAAUCAUUAAAUCAUUUGGUGUGGACAACUACGCUAAAUCCAUAUACAUUUACAAAUAAUAAGUAUUACGAAAAAAAAUAGUUUAUAGUUAUGUAUAUAUAUAUAUAUAUGUGUGUGUGUGUAUGUAUAUAUAUGUAUGUAUAUGUGUUAGGCCAAGGCUAAGAAAAGUUCUCAUAGACACGCCCCGUUGGCCAAUUUGUUUGUUUUGUUUAAACAUUUAAACAUACACAAUACGAUAU